UGCAGUAGGGGAUAUAUCUUUGACGAACCAAACAUCAGCGAAUCAACUAACUAAAGUGGACGAAAGGAUUAUUUAUCAAACGCUGUUGCGAGUUUCUACAUUGUUUCACUUUUUUCGCGGUCAUAAUGUCAGAUGAGGAAGAUGACUAUAUGUCCGAUGCAUUUCUUAGUAAAAUACAAGAUGUCAAGCCAGGGGUCAGCAUGGUGAGGCGGGCAAAAGAAGCAAUGAAGAAGGAAACACGGCAAAAGGAGACGAACACCAAGAACCGUCAAAAGACUUACAAGGAGCAGGAGAAAGAAAGCAGAGAGGCAGCUAUGGAAAACUCCAUUUGCAAUCAGAACAAGGGAUUUGCACUUCUGCAAAAAAUGGGUUAUAAAGCUGGUCAAGGCCUUGGAAAGUCUGGAGCAGGAAGGGUUGAUCCAAUUCCUCUAAAUAUCAAAACUGACAGAGGUGGCAUUGGAAUGGAGGGGGUGAAGAAAAGAAAAGCAGAGGAAGAACUUGAACAUUAUCGUCAGAAAGUGCGGGCCAAACAACAAAAUGAGACAAAGUCUUUGGAAGAUUUCAGGUCACGAGUUAGGACGGAGAGAGAAGAGCGAAAGAUUGAGGGCGAUCUCAGAAGAAGUCAGCGAGCCUGUGAACAGCUUGACAGUCAGAAGAGCAUCACCGUCCCCAGGGAAGACUGGUACUGGCCUAAAGCAGAGACUGAAGAGGAGGAGGAUGACCUGGAGGAGGAGGAAGAUGAGGAGGAGGAGGAGGAGAAGGAGGAGGAGGAGGAGGAGAAAGAAGAGAAAGAAGAAGAGGAGGAGGAAAUCGUGGAAUUAACUUCCUUUGACAAACUACAAAUUUUGACAUCCUAUCUGAGAGCAGUCCAUUUUUAUUGCAUAUGGUGUGGAACCACCUAUAACGAUGAAGAGGACUUGUGCUCCAACUGUCCUGGAGAUACAGCAGCAGACCACGACUGAACACGAUGGAAAUGAAUGUGCUCAGUUGUUCCUGUGAAAAAGCCUUUUCAUUUUAAGGUGUACUGAUCACACUUGGCUUUAAUAUGCAAAGUUGGGGAUCAUAUGUGGAGGAAUAUUUAUUCAUCAUCCCAAUUAGUAUUCUUGUCUAUCUGGCAAAGGGCGUCACUGUUUAUAUUGUCUGUAGUUGGUGGCCCUACAUUUUUCUUUACAUUUAGAAAUGCUGUGGGAGAUUUAAGAUAUCUAUUAUGUAUAUAUUUUUCAAAAGAUUUGACAUGUUGCAUACUUGUGUUUUCAUUAAAUAAAUAUACCUUGUUCUCUUAUAUAUUGUUUUAUGUAAGAUACCUAAUAUACAAUAAAUCACUCAAGGUUUAAUUUACUCAACAAAAUGUAAGAUGUUGUUACACUUUCUACACCUGUAAUCUGUAUGAUAUCUGUAAUUUUUCCUUCAUGUGUAAAGUUGUGAUUUUACAUGGAUCUCAAAACGUUUUAUUCUAUUGUCCUCUAGUGCUGGUAUAUGAUUUAAAAUUUAGACUUUACCACAAUAUAUGAGCAUAGCAGCAAAUGCGUUAGGGUUGCUUGGUUGAAGGGUUUCUCUCGUAUGUGUCUCUGAAGUGGUGAAACUUCAAACAAUAGUUUUGUAAGAUGCCUAAAAUUAAAGAUACUCCGCCCAUU